CUUUGCAAAGUAAAUUAUAAAUAAUCACACAAUGAAAGGAAGCUUUGAUAGUAUUGGUGGUGCCAGUAAUAGUUUCAUUCAAGAAAGGACUGCCAAUAGAAAUGAAUUAACAAAUUUCAACAAAUUUUCCUUACAGUUUUGGAAAAUUUUAUGCACAGAAUUUCAAGAAAUGUGGUCCAGGGUCUUUGUUGUUUUCUUACCAACAUUAUUCAUGCUAAUUUUUAUUAUGUUACGUAUAUUUAUUAGUAUUGAGGAGCAGUACGAAGUUCGAUAUGAUCCUAUAAAUUUUAGUGACGAAUGGAUAUUUAUGCUACAAGAUUUUUCGGAGCGAAAAGAUCAUUUGACUAUUGAGUUGUUGGCACAUAAGAUGAUAACAGUUGAAGAAAGUUUCAAUAAUUUCCCCUAUAAUGUCUUUAUUCCACAAAUAAUUCUAUGCUUUGCACCAAACACUCAACCAGGCUACGUGCUGAUAAUGGAGAAAGCAGCCAAAAAAUUAAAUUCCAUUGAUGUUAUAGGUUUUGAGACAUGUAAACAGUUACGGGAGAGCAUGCAGAUUAAUUUUUAUUUAGCUGGAGUGUGUUUCAAUGAAGAAAAUUUAACAAAAUCAAACAGUUAUUUACAGAUGUUUCCUAAACAUCUUAAUUAUUCUCUUGUGUUUCCCAGUGAAUUACGUCAAUAUCAGAAAUCGUUUAUAGGAUCAAGUUGGAACACAAAAUAUUUGUAUGACAUUGGAGAUCGAUUGGAAGAUCGAAUAGGAAUUGAGCAUGUAACGUAUGUGCGUGAAGGAUUUAUUUCUCUACAGCAAGCCGUAGUAGAAUCUUAUAUGUCCUUAGUUUUUAAGAGUGAAAAACUCCGCAAUAUAACAUUACGUCAAUUUCCAUACUGUACCCAUUACUACGACGGAUUACUAACUAAAAUAACUGUAAGCUUACCACUUGCCGUUGUUAUUGGAUUCAUAUAUCCGAUAAUGAAUUUAUCAAAGAAAAUAAGAGAAGACAUGGAAAGUGGUUUUCAAACAGUUAUAAAAAUAUUGGGAAUUCCUUAUUGGAUACAAGUUUUAGCAAUUCAUUUUAAUGGGUUUCUUAAUAUGAUAAUUGCCUCGUUCUUCUUGACUAUAGCAAUGAAGAUUCAUUGGAGUGAAGGUUACGGUAUUUUUAGCAAAAGUUCAUGGAGUGCACUGAUGUUACUGAUGUUAGUUUUUAAUCUCGCUUCUUUGUCAUUUUGUAUUUUGAUAAUGUCUUUUUCGAGCCACACUAAAUGUGCAAGUACCCUGUUGGCGAUAAUAUGGGUUUUAACUUAUUUACCAUAUAUUCAACCAAAAGAAAAAAUCGUGUAUGAUGGGUCAUUCAAUUUUUUAUAUAUCUUUUCAAAUACUGCCAUAGCUGCCGCAUUAGACAAUCUUCUUUCUUUUGAAGAAUUUGGUAGAGGCAUUCAAUGGGAUAAUUUAUUUUCGGAUACAGAAAUCAAGUUGCACAUUACAACCGGAUCACUAAUUUUAGUAAUGUUUGGUCAAAGCAUUGUUUAUUUGGCAAUUGCCCUAUGUGUUGAAAAACUAAAGUUGCUUGGUGAACACAGAAACUUAUUUUCCACUGCGCCUACAGAAAAUAUUAUUUUUGCUGAUCCAGAUAACAAUCGUUUCAGUUUGCAACAACGAGCAACAGAAGUAGUGGAAAUUGAUUACAAAAAAGUCAUUAUAGCAUUAAACGAUGUCACAAAGGAGCUUGACAACGUAUCCGUACUAAAGAAUAUAACAAUGAAUAUUUGUGAAGGCGAUAUAACGGUUAUUAUGGGUCAUAACAGUUCUGGCAAAACAACACUUCUUUCAGUGAUUGUAGGACUUAUUCGUCCAACAAGUGGAACUGUCGUCAUUAACGGUUUCGAUAUUCAUACUAACCCAGAACUUGGCUUGAGAAGUGUUGGAAUGAGUGUUGGUGAUGCAACUUUAAUUAAGAAUCUUACGGUUAGAGAGCAGCUUACAUUUUUUGGUGCACUUAAAGGAAUAAAUGAUACGCAGACUCAAAGUGAAGUAGAAAAGUAUAUAAGAGCAAUGAAUUUAGAAGAAAAGGGUGAUACUGUUACUCAGGACCUUUCAACUGGAAUGAAACAAUAUCUUAAAGUUAGCUCUGCACUGAUUGGAGGAAGUAAAAUAGUUGUACUUGAUGAGCCAAGUAUGGGUUUAGACAUGGAGUCACGGAAGCUUCUUUGGGAAUUACUACUAAGUGAAAAGACUGGUAGAACCAUAUUUUUAAUAACACAGUUGUGUGAAGAGGCGGAUGCAUUGGCUGAUCGCUUUGGAAUAUUAUCAGGAGGAAAAUUACAAUGCUAUGGCUCUAGUUACUUUUUGAAAAAUCUCUAUUGCACUGGUUAUCGUCUGCUUUUAAUCAAGGAUGUUAAUUGUAAUAUCAAAACAGUUACUGAAACAAUUAGGAAAUUUAUACCCAAUAUACAAGCAGAAUAUGUGUUAGGAAAUGAAAUUUCAUUUAGACUUGAAGAUAAAUAUGUAGAAGUUUUUAGUAGGCUACUACAGGAAAUAUAUAGGCAGCAAAACAUAUUAAGUAUAAGAAGUUUUUCAAUUUGUGAAAGCUCCCUAUAUGAUGUGUUCAUGCAACGAGGUUCUGAAUAUCCUAGCUAUGGUGAUCAUAGAAGACAUUCACAAAUAAUGAAUGGCAUAUCUGUCAACGAAGAAGAACAUCAGGAAUUUCUCGAAAUUUAUGAUUAUGAACCUCUAACGGGCUUUCAGCUUUGGUUAAGUCAAUUUUAUGCACUUGUCAUCAAACGAUUUGCUUUCCAAUAUUAUCACAUCGCUCUUACAAUACUACAAUUGGUGGCACUAAUUGUGUUUCCAAUUAUUUCUUUAGCUUUAACAAGUGUGGAUGUCAAACGUGCUCAACUUACGCCAAUGACAUUUGAUCUGAGUCAAUAUUAUCAUUCGACAGCCAUGAUAAGUGUUGGAAGUGAUGUUUUUAUAGGUGAUGAUAAACCAGAACGUGUAUAUGAACAUCAAUUAUUUUAUCAGCAUUAUCCGCAUAUAGGAUUAUAUACAGGAGAUGAAAAUAUUGAAUCGUUUUUUAUAAAGAAACAAUUACAAAACACUGAUUAUGUGAAUCACGAUUAUUUAAUUGGAGCAACAUUUGAGAAGGAAUAUAUUACAGCCUGGUUUAAUAAUUACCCGCUUCAUACCGCCCCAUUGAGCUUAAACGUUAUUCAUAACACAUUGGCUCAAUGCAACGAUCUUAAUGCAAAAGUUACUGUUACCCUGGAUCCCUUACCGUUUAGUACCGAGUUUUCUGCAACUUUGGAUAGUUUUUGGAACCAAAAGUCCAUUGGUUUCUUUCUACCACGCAAUAUUGCUCUUUGCUUUUCGAUUCUUUGGCCUUUUCAAUGUCAUUUUUUUGCAAAGGAACGUAUGUCCGGAUUUAAGACGUUGCAAUCUAUAGCAGGUUUAACGGAAGUGUCCUACUGGAUAUCGUCAUUUCUGACUAAUAUGACUUUUAUCGUUAUUGAGUCUCUUAUAAUAGUAUCUAUAAAUUUUGCUUCUAUGACAUCGUAUGGCGGACAAACGACAGUGGCAAUUUGGUUUCUAAUCGUUUUGGUCAUGUCAGGAAUAUGCAUUAUUUCUUUAACUUAUCUGGUGUCAAUUUUUUUCAAAGAUUUCAACACAACCUAUGAAAUAAUCGUUAUCUUUCUCUUAUUUAACAUUGUAUGCCACUGCGUAUUUUGUGAAAUUCUUUAUCAACGAUUUGGAUUCUUAACCAAUAGUCAUAUAUAUCAAAACUGCAAAAUGAUACUGCGUAUACUGCCGCUUUUUUCAAUGGUCAGAGGCCUAGAAAAAGUCUUUAGAAAUGGAAAUUUACAGGCUAUGUGUAGCGAUAAAACUAUUAAUUUUGUGUCAAAAUAUGUGGAGCAUUGCGGAUUUGUUCCAAACUGCUGUUUUGAAUUUGAUAUGUGGAAAUGGGAUGGGGGCAUUCUAAAAGAAGUUUUUUGUCUAACACUUUUAACAGUUAUAUCCUGGAUCUUAAUAUAUUUACUAUAUUACCGCGAUCUCAUGCAUUAUCAAAAAUUUAGGAACCUAAAUUUGUCUCUGGCAAAAACAGAUUUUGAAACUUAUCACAGAAAUGAAGAUACUCAUUCAACUGAGAGAAAUGUUUUCACUGAGAGUAUAUAUGUACAAAACAUGUCCACAGAUGAACAGCACUACACUCCGCUUGUUUGUGAUCAAUUAACAUUUUUUAGAAAUGAGGUUGCUAUAAUAAGUAGCCUAAGUUUCGCACUUCACAGCUAUGACUGCUUUGGUGUAUUGGGAGCGAAUGGUUCUGGUAAAUCGACUAUGUUCAAGUUGCUAAGUGGUGUACUGAGCCUAACUGAAGGACAUAUCAAAUAUGAAGGAUUAGAACUCAAAGAUCAUAAAGCUGAAAUAUAUAAAAUGAUUGGCUAUAUGGCAGACGUCAAUUUAAUUAUGGAUGAAUAUACUGGAUGGCAAAUUCUAAAAAUAAUGUUAUUAUUGCGUGGAGUUCCUCGCAACAAAAUAUCUAAAACGAUAAAUACUGUAGCUAAAAUUAUGUGCUUCCAGCAUUGCCUACAUUUUCCAUUAGUUAAAUAUUCAGUAGGACUAAGAAAACGAAUUGGUGUCGCAGUCGCUUUAAUGGGUAGAACUAAAAUAUUGUUAUUAGAUAACCCAACUCAAGGACUUGAUACUGCCAACCGUCGCAUAGUCUAUAAUUUAAUCUACAAGUUACAACAAACUGGAGUAGCUAUUGUAUUCAGUUCUGACAUGGGAAGCGAUUGCGAAUUAUUAUGUAAUAGAGUUGCCAUACUUUACAGAGGACGUUUUCGAGCUCUUGGUUCACUUUCAUCAAUAAUUGAAAUUGAAAACGACGUUUAUAUACUUCGGGUUAAGGUAAAGAAUCUACAAGAAUUUAACCGCCAAAGACUUAUGAGUAAUCGUAACCAGUUUUUCCAAGUGCAAUCAUUUAUGGAGUUAACGUAUCAGGAUGCAAAAAUAAGAGGUAUUUGGGGAAAUGUUAUAAUAUAUGCCAUUCCAAUUUCCGAAAAUGUAACAUUGUCAAAAAUAUUUACUACAAUGCGCAGAUAUAGCUCCCAAUUAUCUAUCGAAGACUUCCAGAUAUCAAGUAAUUCAAUUGCAAUGUUUAUCACAAAUUUUGAAAGAUGA